AGCGUUCGCCGCGGCGCGUUCUCGCGUUCGGUUUAGAGCCGGCUUGUGCCUCUGUGCUUGCCUCGAGACUUUAGACUCGACGGCACUCGGAUUCGGGCAGUGUCGUCUUCUCGGCAGUUGUCGUCGGCAAAGGGGCUGCACACGACACGAACACCGGCCGAUCGUUCGUAAUUCGUCUCCGAACACAAAAUUCUUCUUCCUUCGGCGUACGUUCAUUCGUCCUACGUUUUUUCUUUUCCUGACUAAAUCAAACGGACGAACAAUUUUCGUCGAUCGAACGAAUCCUCUCGAAGGACGACCAAGGACUUCCUUCCAAAUCUAUCGAAACCAGAGCGAUGUUCCUUGGGAUACUUCGGAGUCGUGUACUCGGUAGGUACGAGGGUUCGCACAGAUCGUCGAUCGGAUAAGAGCAAAAAGGGGAGAAGGAGAAGAAGACGUAGGAGAAAAGAAGAAGAAGAAGCAACGACAUCACUUUUGUGUAUCGAUUAGAACGAGUGAGACCGAUCGGCCUCGAAGAAAAAAUUAAUUUAACGAAGAGGGAAGCUGCAUUCGAUUUGGAACAUUGUCAUCCUGAUAGUAAAAGGAAUAGAGACAGAAAGAGAUAAAUAGAGAUAAAGAAAGAGAGAGAGAGAGAAAGAAAGAAACAGAGAGAAAGAAACAGAGAGAGAGAGAGAGAGAGAGAGAGAGAGAGAGAGAGAAAGGAAGAGAAAUCACAGGAUGUCUUUCGGUGCUAAUCGAUUCCCUUCGAGCCAGCAUACGCGUUAUCGCAGCAGCUGGGGACCGUCUUCCGUUUCCGUCUUCGAGCGUGCAGACGUACCUAGACCAUCUCCAGAAGAAGAGGAGUACGCUGAAUUCUAUCACGAACGAUUGCACUCGGCCCAAAGCAGACAACUAAUCCCGCUUCAGGAGGAUUUGGCCGACUGGAUCAACAAAACGAUAAACGUCGAUUAUAUAACGGGCGAUAACUUUUUCGAUACGUUGGAUAAUGGCGUGGUGGUUUGCCGAUUGGCAAAAGUUAUACAGGAGAAGGCUAGAUCGGCUGUCGACGCUGGAAAGGCGAAAGGGCCGAUACCGGUGAUAAGAGGACGCUGCUGGGAAAACGCAGCAAGACGUAGCUUCUUCUCUCGCGACAAUAUGGAGAACUUUAUACAAUUCUGUCGUCGUUUAGGCGUACACGAGAAUCUUCUUUUCGAGAGCGACGACCUUGUCUUGCACGGGCAACCUCGCAACGUCGUACUCUGCCUAUUGGAAGUAGCUAGAUUGGCGGCUAGGUAUUCUUUGGAACCACCUGGUCUCGUGCAACUGGAAAGAGAAAUCGCCGAGCAAGAACGAGAUCUGCGUUGUCUCUCGGACAGCGGAAUUUCUCACAGUAGUCUCGUCUCCUGGCAAUUCGCAUCUCCCUCGCCUACGGCAACGCCCCGGCCUCAAACCGAAAAGAUCAAGCACAGUAGUUCAACGUCGGAAGUAGCGGAUAUGACGACUCGUUGGUUGGAUCCAACGACUGGUGCCACUCACGAGCCCGAAAUGAGACGAUCCGUUAGCGACAAUGGACCGGCCGGUAGCGACGGGGUACCUAGCGAUACCACGGAGGACGAUUGGUCGCGCGGUAGCGUCGAGGAUCCCGAUGACGUUCCUUCGCCGUCACCCUCGCCAACUAGUUCGCCAUCUCCAACGCAAUCGCCGGCGGAACCUCCGGAAUACACGGGACCGAUCACGGAACUCGAUCGCAAGGUGCGGAGAGUUACGGAAGCCGUUCAAAGGCUUUGCCAAUGUCCAUCCGGUAAAUGCUCGAGGUUGAAAGUACGCAAAGUCGGAGAGGGUCGAUAUCACAUCGCAGGGCGCAACGUAUUUAUAAGGCUUCUGAAAGGAAGACACAUGAUGGUAAGAGUGGGCGGCGGGUGGGACACCUUGGAGCACUUCUUGGCGAGGCAUGACCCCUGUCAGGUGAGGGCUCUCAACCAAGAGGGUACACCACCUCCUACCCCUUCGUCUAUUUCACGAGGCAGAAAGCACCGCGGCAACGACUUCCUUCGCAUUCACGCCAAGUAUCGUGGCCUUCCCUUGGAACCCGUCCCCAUAUCUGUCUCCGGGCGCUAGCCUAAAAGCCAGCAGCAAGCACGGCAUCAUCGCUCGCACUUCUCGACCCUGCAUAUCACGUAAUAGGGCUACACGGUACUAAUUUACGGUAGCCGACUAUCUUUCGAAGCUACUCGCCAUUUUCUCUCUCUCUCUCUCUCUCUCUCUCUUUCUCUCAGACACACACACACACACACACCCCUCUCACACUAACACGCGCGUACACCCUGUGCGUUUUUCUUUGAUUUCACCUUCACGUCGGCUCCCAAGAGAGAGCAUGCGUGUGUGCGUGCGUAUGUACGUAUGUAUGUUGUGUGUUUUACGCUCGUUCAUUGUUUACAAUUUUAAUGAUAGCACAGGAAACAAUUGGCGAUAAGUUCGCCUUCUCGUUUUUUCGCGUCCUUCUCUCUUCUCUUUAGUUUUGUAAGAGAAGAAGGAUGUCGGGGAAUACGUUAGUACACUAACGUCCUUCCUUUUCUAGAGAUUUCUAGAAAAUGUAAUGGUUGUCGUGAAACUCGUACGUUCCUACUUUAUCUUCGCAGGUGCCGUUUUUUUGUCGCCUGAAUUUAUUAACGGAGAAACAACGUAAUUAAUGUGUAAAGGCAUAUGCAGUAUUUAGUUCAAAGUCGAAAUAUUUAUACGAUUAUAGAUGUUUAUAAGAAACAUCGUUUCUCUGAUCGGUUAUCAAGCUUACCGAAGGAAAAUUGGCCUAUAUAGUGCGAGUAUCGUUGAUAGUUAAACCGAUUGGAAAAUAAAACACGUAGACAUAUUUCUUCUUAACGUUAUUAACUUUCAAUGAAUAUUUUCUUUUUUAGCGAUGAAACACAGUAGGUCUUUGAAUCAACAUUGAAACAGGUUCUUGUCCAUUCCAAUGUAAACGUUCCAGCCUUUAGAUUAUGUUCUUUGAACGAAUUAGAAAAAGGAAAAAAAAUGAGCAAAAUGAAAAAACGAAAAGAAAAAAAAAAGAAAAAAGAAGGAAAGAAAAGAAAAGAAAAUACGAUAGAUGUUCGGAAUGUACUCGCAACGAAAUAUUUUCGAGGAUAGUUUCGAAGUAUUUAGAGAUAAGUAUUCGAUUAAGCAAAUUUAUUAUCUUUCUCACACAUUCCAAAGAUUCUAAUAUCGUAGCUCGCGUAUUCUCCGACAAGCUUGUCGUACGCACGAUAUGCCUACUGUAUUCUACUUCUCGAUUUAUAUCCAUUUCAAUCUAACGAUAAUAUUUAUAUACAUAUAUCGUAUGUAUAUCGGAUGCACCCAUCUUGCGGUUUUGCACAAGUGUAAAAAAAUCGUGAGUUAAUUCAUUGGGUGGCACACCAUCGUAUAUCAUGAAUAUUCAAUUUUUUACUACGCUUCCUGUAAGAGAAAAAAAAAAGAAAAAAAAAAAAAGAAAAAGAAAAGAAAAACGAUUCGUACCAACGUCGUAGAGUCUCUUUUGAUCUUCCGAGAUUUUUAUCAACGAUAAAUAACGUGUUCGAUACGUGACACCAAUAUAAAAGUUCACGAUUCUUGUUGAUCCUUGUUUGUAAUACAACGUGUGCGGCUCUCGGAAAUUCUUCGACGGAGUUAAGAAAAAAAAAAAAAAAGUUAUAAAAAAAAGUCCGAUGCAGCUUUAAAUAAGUAGUCAUAGCUUGAAAAUAUCGCAAUGACCAAACUUCUUUCCGGCCGAGAUGUAUUCGAGGUUAUUAAAAA